AUGACGACUUCGGGACCGGACCGGAGCAGGCAUCUCUGCUCGGUACAACAACACCGAGUGCGCAUCAGCCGUCGGGAAGGCACAUUUGCGCGGCGGGGGCAAUCCAUUUGUCCAAUGACUAAUGGCCUCAUCUGGAAGGACGUUCCGUACGACUGCAUUGGCGACAUGACGGCGUUUUCCCUCUCUUCUCACCCCCUCUCAAUCCUUCCUCGGCGACCCAAUCUUACACAACUACCCAAUUUUCGCGACACAUAG